AGUGUAAGAUUGGAUCAACAUGAAAAAACAAUUCUUCCGUGUCAAGCAAAUAGCUGAUCAAACCUUUUUAAGAGCUGAGAAAACAGAAGUACUCACAGAAGACUUGGUGACAGCCGAGAAACGAGUGGAGACCAUCAGAGUGUCAUGUCAAAACACCCAAAAGAAAAUUGCAUCUUGUCAGAUUGAUUUUGGAUCUGAAACUUCCACUGAAAAACGUCUAAGAAAAAUUCCUCAAGUUUCAUUAGGAGCUUCUAUGUUAGAAAAUGGAAAUAGUUUUUCCAAAAAUUCACUUCUGGGUGAUACUCUGCGAGAAUGUGCACAGGUACAAACUAAGCUUGGAAAUGAGCUGUUAGAAUAUUAUAAUGAUAUAGAGAGAACUAUUUUAAAGCCAAUUUCUGCAGUUUUGGAGAAUGAUAUUCAUAACAUAAGCAAGUUGAGGAAACAGUUAGGAAAAUUGGUAUUAGACAUGGAUUCAGCUCGUACAAGGUUUCAAACUGCAGAAAGGCAUAGUUUGCAGGGAACAUCAAAUGCAAGUUUAAAUACAAUGGGUAAGAUUGAUCAGCUGAAAGAUGAAUUGGAAGAUGCUUCUCAAAGAGUUGAACAGUGUAGGGAUGCACUUGCAACGGAAAUGUUUUCAUUAAUCAGUAAAGAACCUCAGUUAGCCCACAUAUUGAUCCAAUUUCAUCAGCUACAAGCAUCAUAUCAUCGAAAUGCUUUAGCAGCCUUAGAGGCCUCACUUCCAAUUUUAGAAACUCAUAUGUCUGACUAUCCCCAGAAACCUGUUUAUGGCGGCUCUUUAGAUGAGCAUUUACGAGUAACAAAUCGCCAAAUAGCUCAAGUCAUUGAAACAUGUGUCUUAUUUUUAUUGGAAUAUGGAGUCUCAGAAGAAGGAUUACUACGUAUUGCAGGAAGUGCAUCAAAACUAAAAAAACUCAAGAGUGCCUUUGAUGCAGGAAUUGAAAUCGAUAUGACAGAAUUUUUAAGAGAUCCCCAUGCUGUUGCAGGAGCUUUAAAAUCAUAUUUAAGAGAGCUUCCUGAGCCUUUAAUGACAUUUUCUUUGUAUGAUGAUUGGAUGAAUGCAGCUAGAGUCCAAGAUUUUGAUGGCCGAUUGCAAGCACUGUGGCAAGUGUUAUAUAGAUUACCUGAAAGCAAUUUUCGGAAUCUUCAGUAUGUAAUAAAAUUUUUGUCAAAGAUUCUUGAAAACGUAGAUGUUAAUAAAAUGUCAUCCCAAAAUAUUGCUAUUGUGAUGGCUCCUAACCUUAUAUGGCCUUUGUUAGAAAGCAAUUCAGCUAGUUUCGGAAUGAAUAUGUCAACUGCUAGCUUGCAUACAACUAUCAUAGAUAUGCUAAUUACAUAUUCAGAUUACUUUUUUCCAGAAACAGAAAUCCCUUUUCCGAUGAAAGGUUCUUCUGUGGUUUCAAACAUGAAUGAAACUAGUGUCUCAGAUUUCACAGAUGAUUCCUUGAGCAGUGACACUGAAAUAAAUGGAAACAAUUUGCAGGUUGCUGGGACUGUAAAAGAUCCUUCUUGCAGCCCUCGAACAAACAGGUGUAUUAAGAAACCUGCUGCACCUCCACCUCCUGCUCAGAAAUCUGCCUGUGAUAAAAUUCCCACCGAAGCUGCUGUUCCAGUGGAGGAAUUAAUAAAUUUUUCUGCAGAAACAUCUGAUUUUAUCGAAGUUGAAGAACCUAACCUGAAUAAAGUGACUACAGUUCACUCAAAGGAAAAAAUUGACAAAAACGUUGUUGUGAUGCGUAGAAGAUCAAAUGAAAAUAUAUCAGGUGGUGAAUUAGGCCUUGUCAGUAGACCUGAAAAACCCAUUGUUCCUGAUAAACCAGCAUCUUAUUCUUCUUGUUCUUUGGACCGUAGAUCUCAGCGUUUGUCUCGAGGAAUACAUCCGGAUAAAAUUCCAGAAUGUAUGUCUCGUAGUCACAUAGAAAGACCAACUGUGCCACCACCUGAAAGACCAAAAAAACCUCCUAGUAUUUCAAAUACGGAUAAUUUAUCUUUGAAUGAAACUCGUCCCGCUCUGCAUAAGAACAAUGAUGAUGAUAUUUCAUUUGUAUCUCAAAGCCUUCUGCCUGCAAUUGACAAAACAAAUAAAAUCGAACCACCUCAAGACAAUAGCAAUUUAGUUCCUAGCUUAAAUGCAGUGAAGGCUCAAACUAGUCCUCCAGCAAUACCAUGUUCAAGAUCAUCUACAAAAAUCAAUCGUUUUGAUUUCCUCGUAAAUCAAAAUACAGAUAAACCUCCCGAGAGACCACCUCGUUCAACUUGCCCUCCAGCUGAAAAUGAUAGGACUUGGGAUGUGGAAUCAAAAUCAGAGAUUAUGCAAACUGUGUCUAACAUACAUUUAGAAAAAAUAGCUCCUAUGACAUCAGAGUCAUCUUCUCAUUCUGUCGGUCCUCCUGUAUGUCCACGUCCAGAAGUUGAGAAAGCUAAACCACCUAGGCCCCUACCUCCUGCCAAACCAAAAUUAAAUCUUGCAAAUGAAAAUACUAACUUAUAAGGUGCUUUUCUCACAGAUAUUUAAAAAAAAAAAAAAAACUGAACUAUGCUAGUCAGAUAGAUUUUACUUGAGCAUAUCGUAUGAAGUUGGAAGAACAACUGGAAAUGACCCAGCAUUUACUUUUCAGUGCCAGUAAAAUUUUAGUAUUAUAAUUAUUAAUCAUUGUUUUUCUUUAAAUGUGUGCUUUAUAAACGAAUGUAAU